AUGGAUGAAACACUUAUGAUGUUGAAAGACUAUAUAAUUCAAAUGUGCUUGAUGCUCGAAAAGCGAAAGUUACUCAAUAGUUUGUAUCAAGUGCAAUUACUGCUAAAAGAUAAGAUAAGAGCCAGUAUGACGUGUGUACGAUUUUAUACAAUGGAUUGCAUUACAUAUCAGGAUUUACGCAAUAAUAUUCAUCAGUUGAUGAACGUUCAACAGCAUUUGAAAAGUGAAUUGGAACUGUGUCAAUGGGAAGAGAUUAAAACACAAUCGAGACGCUCCGAUGAGCAUCAAUCAUUCGUUAUGAAAAUGGACACGAAAUCACUAAACACCCACAUCAAUACCAUUUGGCUACAGAUAGAUGCCACGAAAUUUUUAGCCCAAUGCGAAGAAAAUGGAAAGGAUACCGUUAAUCUUAUACCAAAGAUGUCGUUGUUGCCUUGCACACGUAUACCGACAUUGUUUGAAAAUACGCAGGAUAAAAUCAUUUUGGUGGCGCUCAUUCCAAUUUGUGGUGCAAAUGUUGAAGAAGGUUUCGGUUUGGCCUACAGAAACCGAGACAAUUCAAGAUAUGACAUUGAAUAG